UCGGCAGAGCUGGCAGCGGAGCACCGGAACCUGAUGGCCUGGAACGAGGAAGAGAAUGCCCGGCAGCGGGCACGCAGAGAGGAGAGAAUUAGGAAGGAAGAGGAAGAGCAGAAGAGGCAUAAGAUCCAGGCUGCGGAGAAGGCGGCCAGGAUGAUGGAGGCUUUCCUGAAGGAGAAGGAGAAGGAGGUUCUGCAGCUGCAGGAGGAAGCCAAAACGUUCAUCACCCCCGAGAACCUGGAUGUGCGGAUUGAGGAGUGCCUGGACAAUCCUCGCAACUACAACUUCGCCAUCGACAGGGACGGGCGGAUCGUCAAACGGACCGUGUUGUCUUAG